AUGUACUUAUUGAGUAUCGCAGAAAAGCGGAGGAUAACCCCCCCGGCCAAAGACCACUCGGACCGCCUGAGCCGCCGCAGCACCAGUCAUCCUGCCAAGGACAGCCGCGAGCCCACGACGGAUCCACACGACAACGGCGCGAUCAGGCAGAUGUCCAGGUCCACGGCCGCCUCUGCCCUUCACUCGUCCUUGGCCGAGUGGCUGCGAGCCUGUACUCUGACCGACUCCACCAUUCGCAAGCUUCAACAGCUUCCGGCUCAGUUGUCGCCCACUGCACAGGCUGCUUCCGAAUUAUUGCUGCCUCUGGAUCUAUUCCUCGGCCUCACGCUUACCCGCACCAUUUUCCUUGAUCCUGUUUCAUCCCUCGCCCUAAUCUCACAGACAAACAUGUUUUCGUGCUGCCUUGACGCGUUCUCCGAUUUCAAGGUUCAAGACAUCCGAAAACUACUGCGUUUUGGUUUGUUUGAACAUCCUAUGCAACAGUCAAUGUCUAAAGUUGCGCAUUGCCUUCUCACAUAUCAACCCGACGCGAAGCAACAGAAACAAUCCGACACGUCGCGAAAUAUUAUCUCCUCUAUGCGAAGGUAUUCUGAAUGCGAGGCGCUCAAGGAUCCCUCUUAUCUCGAACUUGUAAUAUCUAUGUCGAAAGUUACUGACAUGCAGUCCUACAAUAGCCUCAUUUUAGUUGGCCUCUUAAUAUCAUAUCUUCCACAACAUUAUCGAAUCAUUUCCCGAGGAACGGCGGAAGGUAUCUCCCCCUACUUUGUUCUGCUUGGAACUACGUCCGCCACCUCGGGCUUUGCCAACAUCUUGACUGUUCCGCAGUCCAGGGCUGCUAUAGGAUGUUGCAAAGAAUUAGAGGCAUUUCAGUGCACUGCUGGAUUAUUGGGCGUUGCUCAGCUUGGUACGCAGUGGGUCUGUUUCACUCUCAUACUCGUUCUAUUCCUUAUAUUCUUUCGAUACCGAGAUGCGACUAUACCUUCUGAGGAGCUUGCGGGAGAAUCUCCAAAAUGGCAGACCGCGGUUGGUGUUGGCCUCGCCUGCGUCGUGCACGGCCUGCUGGUUGUCAUCAUAACUGGCGUCUUUACAAUUGCUUUGCCGAACCAUAUGACAGCCUGGGCAAACUUCUUGGGGGUUAUGGCUACAGCGUUGGCAGCAAUUCAAUACUUUCCGCAGAUUUGGACCACGUACCACUUGAAACAUGUUGGGAGUUUGAGCAUUCCGAUGAUGUGUAUCCAGACUCCGGGAGGCCUCUUAUUUGCCGCAAGUCUCUACGCCAGGCUUGGUCCAAAAGGGUGGAGUACAUGGGCAAUUUAUCUCUUGACAGCCAUCAUGCAAGGCUGCGUCUUAGUACUUGGUAUCUACUACGAGAUGGCGGCGCGACAUCAUGAACGCCAACAGUCGAAUCAAAAUGUCGACGCCACGUACUCCUCCCUACAGAACUCAGCGCCACCGCGACCUUCACUGGCAAGCAGGACUUAUUCCGAGGGAUGGGAACGAGACUUGCCAGGCCCUUUCACGGGGCAUCCGGAGCGAUACGCCGAAACUGAAGAAGACUUGGACGAUAUUCAGGAGCGAGAGCAAAGAGCUAUCGAACGGGAGAAUCAGCCUUUAUUACGCCCCGGUGGCAUCGGAAAUCCUCGAAAGAAUUAUCGAACUACCAAGAAACGCUAG